UUGUUGGUGUUUGAUGAAUGAUGACCAAUAAAGUCAAUUUGAUUUUUUAGGUUUACUUUCUUCCUAAUAUUUUUUGGUUAAAUAAAUUCUUGCAAUAUCAUUCAAAGAGUCACAAUUCCAUUCCAUUGUCUUUUUCCUCCCUUUAUUAAAUCUUAUUAAUGCAAGAUUAACAACCCCUUUUGUUAACAUCACCUUUUUUCCUCCUUUAUUUUUCUCUCUCUAAAAUCCUGUGGUUUGGUACAAUCUCAUUCUAUCAAAACCAACAAUAGAUUCCAUUUCUAUUCAACUUUUAGCUGAAUUUCAUCUUUCUUGUUAAAAAAGUUGCAUCUUUCUGUAUUUUAGCAUCUGGGUAUUUGAUUCCUUCAUUCAAAACUUUCUGGGAAUUCUUCAAAGUCUUUCCUUUUUCAACAAAAAAUAUGUCUCCUUCAAAUUUCCCUCUAAGAUGGGAAAGUACAGGGGAUAAAUGGUGGUAUGCAUCACCCAUAGAUUGGGCGGCAGCAAAUGGUCAUUAUGACUUAGUCAGGGAGCUCCUCCGCCUCGACGGCAACCACCUCAUCAACCUGACUUCCCUCCGUCGCAUCCGCCGCCUUGAGGCGGUGUGGGAUGAUGAAGCACAGUUUGAUGAUGUUGCAAAGUGCAGGAGUGAGGUUGCACACCAACUGUUCGAUGAGUGUCAGACUCAAAAAAUGGGGAAAGAUAAAAAUUCUUUGAUUGUUGCUGGCUAUGGUGGGUGGCUUUUGUACACUGCUGCCUCAGCUGGGGACUUGAGUUUUGUGACACAACUUCUAAGAAAAUACCCUUUGCUUGUUUUUGGGGAAGGUGAAUAUGGGCUUACUGAUAUACUCUAUGCUGCUGCUAGGAGUAAGAAUCCUGAGGUGUUUAAGGCUGUUUAUGGUUUCGCCAUUUCGCCACGGUUUUUGGACGGCGGAGGAGAAAUGGAGGAACAAACAAAUGAAGAGGUUCCUAUGGCUUUUAAGUUAGAUGUGAAGAAUAGAGCUGUUCAUGCUGCUGCUAGAGGUGGGAAUUUGAUUGUUUUGAUGGAGCUUCUUGCUGAAUCUGCUGAUGUUUUGGAGUUCAGGGAUGUUAAUGGUUCCACUGUUUUGCAUUCUGCUGCUGGUAAAGGCCAAGUUGAGGUAGCUAAGCAAUUGAUAGCUUCCUAUGACAUGAUCUCUUCCAUUGACGAUAAAGGAAAUACACCAUUGCAUAUUGCUGCUUACAGAGGUCAAUUAUCUGUUCUUGAAGCCCUGAUUCAAGCAUCUCCUUCAUCUGCCUCUAUUGUUAACAAGGCUGGAGAGACAUUCCUCCACAUGGCUGUUGCUGGUUUUCAAACUUCUGGUUUUCGUAGAAUUGAUCAACAGAUUGAACUUAUGAAGCAGCUUGUAAGUAGCAAACGUUUCAUCAUAGAAGAUAUUAUCAAUUCCGAGAAUAAUGAAGGGAGGACUGCCCUUCAUUUGGCCAUUAUAGGGAACAUUCACUCGGAUUUGGUGCAACUGUUAAUGAGUGCCCGCUACAUCAAUGUCAACAUCCGUGAUGAUCAUGGGAUGACCCCACUUGAUUACCUCAAGAGACAACCGAAAUCUGCAUCAUCAGAAAUCAUAAUCAGGCAGUUGAUAUCCGCAGGUGGUAUAUCCAGUUGCAAAGAUUAUGCAGUGAGAAAAGCAUUUGCUUCUCAUUUGAGGAUGCAAAGCAUAAGCAACAGCCCGGGAACAUCCUUCAGAGUGUCUGACAAUGAAAUAUUCCUAGGCACGGGACUUGAUCGUGAGGUGCAUCCUAGCCUAGGCCAUAUAAGUAGAGACCGUUUUCAUUUUCACUCAUCAAGCGAGGCAAGUCAUUGUGGUUCACCUAGUUUGGAGGACAAUAAAAUCCCAGACAUUAAGAAAUCUGGCCCUUUACACAACGCAGCUAAGCGCCUUAAACUUAUGUUCCACUGGCCGUUGGUGAAAAGGAAGGAAACUGAGAAGUCGAAGAGAACAAGGGAGAAAGAUGAAAGUGUUUCUGACAAAAGAAGGAGCAUUUCAGAGGAAACACCAAUCCCGUUAAGAGAGAGAUAUUCCAAUGCUUGUUCUAUUUCCAGUAAUAAGAGAACACUUGCAGUGAGGAGUAACAUUUCAAGUCCUACCAACCGAAAGAAAUUAGCUUCAGGUGUAGCACACGAUGCUUUCCAGGAUCAGCUUAUGGCGAACCUUUCAGGUCAACCUUCAUUUUCAAAGUCAUCAUUCUCUUCGAAUAGUUCUCUUGAAAAGGGGAAAGAAAUAUGUGUGGAAGAUGAGAAUGCAAGACCGUCUUCCUCCUUGAAGCAAAUCAGUGCUGCUGCUGCUGAUGUUGCCCCAAAUGUGAUACGGAAACAAGGAUCCAUAAACAAGAGAUUCGUUAACCCAAUCUUGUGCUUUAGCGGAUCACACUUAUCAGUUAAGAAUUCAGUUAAGCACUGCACUAAACAACCCGUUAUUGCUGUUGCUUAAGGUAACCUGUUAAGACUGAAUCACCCCUAGAUAUGCAUGGAUCGUUAAAAGAUCGCCUUACAUAGCUGUAAGUCUUGUAACUUUUAAGUUUAAUCACUGCUUGUGAUUGUGUGACCUCUUACUGUCAUCUUCGAGUUUAACGUGACAGCUCUCUUGUAGAUGACUCUGUAGUCUGUAGGAUCAUAUCACUUAUGAGAUGUGUUUGUUUCUAAACUAUCUCCUGUAAUAUAUUUCAGAAUUCAGAACCUAGCUUUCAUCAAUAAUGUGUCAAAAGUUGAUGCUCUUGUCAUCUUUGUCA